CCCUGCCGCUAAUCUCUCUAUCUCUAUUUCUUGGUUGUUCCUUGCUGUAACACGCAGCCAAAUUGCUUCCAAGUUAUUCCAACUCCAAGCAUAUCAUUCCAUAUAUAGCCUUUUAUUGGCACAACACGAUGCAACUGCACCAAUAAUGGCGAUGCCGGCGCCGCAAGCCGCUACGCGCGUCGUCGCCGGCGGCCAGCUAGUAUUUGGCAAGCCUGAGAAGGCGAAGGGCGGGAGGCUGCUUGUGAGGAGCUGUGACAAUGGCGGCGGCAGGAAUGGCAGACGUGUUACGGUGGAAGCUGUCAACGGCGCUGUCAAGCUGAACGGCGCAGCGGUAGCGGCCGACGUUCGGCAGGUCCCGGCACCGUCAUCCAUGGACGACGGUGGCGAUGCCUUCCGGCUCGGCAAGUUUGUGGAAGGGAGGCUUGUGUACAGGCAGCAGUUUGUGAUCAGGUCCUACGAGAUCGGGCCUGACCGGACUGCCACCAUGGAGACCCUCAUGAACCUCCUGCAGGAGACAGCACUGAACCAUGUGAUGUGCUCCGGGCUUGCCGGAGACGGCUUCGGCGCGACACGGCAGAUGAGCCUCAGGAAGCUCAUCUGGGUCGUCACGAGAAUCAACAUCCAGGUCAACAAGUACAGCAGAUGGGGAGAUGUCGUCGAGAUCGACACCUGGGUCGCGUCGUCAGGGAAGAACGGCAUGCGCCGUGACUGGAUCAUCCGGGACCGCAACACCAAGAACAUGAUUGCAAGAGCCACAAGCAACUGGGUGAUGAUGAACAGAGAGACCCGGAGGCUGUCCAAGAUCCCCGAGGAGGUCAGGCAGGAGGUGCUCCCCUUCUACCUGGACCGGAGCAUCAUCACUGCCGACGCUAACGGCGGCGGCCGCAAGAUCGAGAAGCUCACCGACUCGACGGCGGAGCACAUACGAUCAGGACUAGCUCCCAGGUGGAGCGACAUGGAUGUCAACCAGCAUGUGAACAAUGUCAAGUACAUCGGUUGGAUCCUGGAGAGUGUACCGCUGGACGUGCUGGAGGAUUACCACCUGACGAGCAUCACGCUGGACUACCGCCGGGAGUGCCGCCAGUCGCAGCUCCUCGAGUCGCUCACCAGCAUGACGACCACGACCUCGCCGGCGACCGACGAGCCACCGGCGGUUCCGGCGUCAAGCCGGUGCUGCUCCGACCUGAACAGCACGCACCUGAUACGGCAGCAGGAUGACGGAGCCGAGAUCGUCAGGGCGCGUGCGGAGUGGCGCUGCAAGGGGCGUCCAGGGGCGACGAAACAGCCCUGACAUGUAGUGUAGUGGUACACUCUGUUUUCGUACUUGCUUGGGUCUAUUGCAAGAUUCGUGUAUGUUCACUUGUGCUUUAGUUAGAUUCUUCAUUCUUUUUGCCUGCAUGCUGGGAUGUGAGAUACGAUGUUUGAUUGGGAAUUUUCGAACUCCAUGAAUAAGAGGCUACUUUACUUGCCGACUAUGUAAAGUUCAAGUGGUUUUCAUAAUAUUAAAACAAGGAUUGUAAGAA